AUGGCUAACAAACGUGGCAGAAGUCAAGCCAGCUCAGUAUAUCGCUUUUUGACAGCAUUAAAUAAAACGGAAAGAGACGAAGAUUUGAAUUCAGAGAAUGAGCAAUCUCUUCUGAACAAUAGCAGUAAUAAAAGAAGCCUCGUACAUGCAUAUUUUAUCUACGAUAAAACAAGUGAUACUAGCAAAUGCAAAACUUGCACGGCAACUGUAAAGGGUAGCAAUACAACGAAUCUCGAGAACCAUUUAAAGAUUAAGAAACACAUAAGUAACGAAUAUUUGCAAUAUGUGAAAGCUAAAGAAAAUGCAGCACUAUCAAAAGUCUCAAGUAACUCUAAGAAAAUUGUCGGGGCCAAAGCUAAAUCUUUGUUACAACCAACACUUCCUCAGAUUUCAAUGUCAAAGGCAAAAUACACAAGAAAAAACACGAAGCAGCUUCUUCUCAGGAAAAAGCUUGCUUUUGUUGUUGCAACCACUUCGAUGACUUUAUCUAUAAGUGACAACAAAGACUGGCAAGCAUAUGUUGAGCUGCUUGAUCCACGACAUAUAAUACCAGGAAGGAAAGCAUUGGCCAAUGGUAUUUUAAAAUUAUACAAACAGGUCAGAAAGUUAGUGAAAGCUCAAGUUCAGCACGCAGUGUCAAAACCUAACAUGACUCUGACGCUACACGUCCGGUAG